GAGCUUAGGGGCGGAGCGAAGAAGUAAUAUUCCUGCAACUUGGUGUUGGAUCAUUUCACACAAAGAAUGGAAGUUGUAUGUAAUAUGGGUAUAAUAUGACAACUCAAUCAUUUGUAUUGCAUUUGUAUGGGCGCCACUGUAUUCUGUCACAUGUAAGAAAGACAUUACGUAUUUUUUCUGUAAUUUGAAAAGAUCCCUGUAGUCUCCAGAUCCUUCGAGGAGCUGUACGUUUGGGAUUUUUUUGCCUGGCACUGAAAAACGUGGCGUUCUCCUAUAUCUGUGCGUUUUACAAACUCAUAGGGGGAGAGGGUCAAAGUCGCAGGCUGGGCUGCUCGUUCGGCAGCGUUUUAAAGGGAUAUACAGUGAAAUAAUUACGAUCAUAGAUUUAUUAUCACUGUUGUUAUUCGCUCGGCAAGGCAGUGGAUUGAUCACACCCUUGGCCGCCCGCCCCUCCCCGAAAGAGCGUCCGUCGGUGCGCCAUGUUGGAUUGUGUGGGUGUCACACCGAGGAGUGUGCGGAGGAUCAGGGAGACGUGCGGGGAAGCUCGGCCGGCCGCGACACGCUGCUCUCACUUUCACAUCUGAAGCCCCCAAAACAAGACCCACGCCUUCAAGUUCGCCCACGUUAUUUUCUGUAGUUGCAUUGCAAGCUAAAGCCAAAAGUUAUGGCUCGUAUUUCAGCAGUGAGGAGUGCCCCCGCCUCGAGUGGAGCGCACUGGUAAUGGAGGAAUUUGCCAUAUCCCUGCACUUUUCUGUGUGGAAAUGUUCUUGACAAGCCCCAGCCAAGACAACCCCGGAAUAUAGCUAUAAAGCAUUUGGAAAAACAAAGGGGAUUUAAAACAAGAUUCUUCUGACGACAACAUUGUAAUAUAAACGCUCUUCCCCCCCCCCCCCCCUCCUCGAAACAAACCCUUGAGACGUCUGACUUUCUACCUUAAGAGCAUUGCUGGUAAGUGCAACCAUGCCGAGCUCAACCAUCCGGAGGCAGAUGAAGAACGUGGUCAACAACUACACGGACGCGGAGAAGAAGGUGCGUGAGGCCACCUCCAACGACCCGUGGGGCCCAUCCAGCUCGCUGAUGUCAGAGAUCGCCGACCUCACCUACAACGUGGUGGCCUUCUCCGAGAUCAUGACCAUGAUCUGGAGGCGACUCAAUGACCACGGCAAGAACUGGCGGCAUGUCUACAAGGCGCUGACGCUGCUGGACUACCUGGUGAAGACCGGCUCGGAGCGCGUGGCCCUGCAGUGCCGCGAGAACAUCUUCGCCAUCCAGACGCUGAAGGACUUCCAGUACGUGGACCGGGACGGCAAGGACCAGGGCAUCAACGUGCGCGAGAAGUCCAAGCAGCUGGUGACGCUGCUCAAGGAUGACGAGCGGCUGAAGGGCGAGCGUUCGCAGGCGCUGAAGACCAAGGAGCGCAUGGCGCAGGUGGCCACCAGCGUAGGGAGCGGCCCAUCCGGAUUCGGCCGCGGCUCCAGUCAGCCCAACCUGUCUACCAGUCACUCGGAGGAAUACGGCCGCUCAGAAGGCUCGCCCGCCUCCUACCAUGGCUCCACGUCCCCCAACGCGUCCUCGGAGCUGGAGCAGGCGCGGCCGCAGACGAGCGGCGAGGAGGAGCUGCAGCUGCAGCUGGCGCUGGCCAUGAGCCGCGAGGCGGCCGAGCAGGAGGAGAGGAUGAGGCGUGGCGAUGACCUCCGGCUCCAGAUGGCGCUAGAGGAGAGCCGCAAGGACUCGACCACGACUAAAGUGGUGAAGAAGGAGCCCCCCAAAUCGUCCCUGAUGGAUUUAAUGGACAUCGUGCCUGCAGCCUCCGCCCCAGCUCCCGUGUCAGAUCCCUGGGCGGGCCCAAGUGCAAAGGCCGCGGUGGACCCAUGGCAGCCUUAUGCCACUGCCUCCAAGCCAGCCAUCCCCGUGGACCCCUGGGUUUCGUCCUCGUCCCCCACCCCCGCCACUCCUCCUAGGAGCAUCGACCCCUGGGUGGCGCCGGUGGCCCCCGCUGCCACAGCCUCGGAUCCCUGGGCACCUGUGCCCGCCAGCCGACCCAAGGCCCCCGCCUCAGGUACCUUUGACCCCUUCCACACGCUGAAUGGUACAUCCAAGGAGGACCUCUCCGAGUUCGACAGCUUGCGCUCCUCUUCCUCCAUGACAGGUGAAUCCCGAAGCCCUACCCACGCACCGCGGCCCAUGGCUUCCGUCAGUCCCGAUCUGUUUGAUCCGCUGCCGGCAACCACCGCUGCCUCUAGGAAGACCCCCGAAUCCUUCCUGGGCCCCAACGCCGCCUUGGUGAACCUGGACUCGCUGAUCAGCAAGCCUCCACAGCUUGCAUCAGUCUCCAACCCCUUCCUCGCCGCUGGGUCGGCUCCUCCUCCUCCGGUGCAAGUCAACCCCUUCCAGGUGAACCAACCCCAGCCACCCACCCUCAACCAGAUGAGAGUGAAUCCCAUGAUGGGCCCCGGGGCCCAGGGUUUUGGUGGCCUGCCCCAGAUGACCUCCGACCCACUGUCCCUGUCCUCCAUGCCUCCUGGGGGCCCUAUGGCCAUGGUGCCCAUGACGGGCAUGGCAGCGAUUGCACCCGUGGGCAGCGUCCAGCCCUCCAUGGCCGUGCCCCAGCCGCUGCUGACCACGGGGCUGCUGCCAUCGGGGGGCGCCCAAGCCGGCACGACCACCAACCCCUUCCUGUUGUGAGGAGCCGCCCCCUCGGCCCCCUGCCCCUGUCCGCCUCAGAGACAUAGACGAUACAGUCCUUCGUGUGUUCAGGCAGGUGCUGUUUUAAUACAGUUCGCAGUCGCACUGGUUACCUAGCAGUGCGACCCACGGAGGUAGGUACCCAGCUGAGAUUGGCGUGCUUCACCUCUGCCGUGCGUCUUAAGUGUGAUACCCUGUCACCCUUAAAGUCUGCCGUAGCUCCUUGGCAAGACUGUAUAGUAUUUACAAGGGGUACCGAGCGUGCAAAAUCUUUCGAUCACUUUUAUGAAAAAGCCUGAAAAUUUAGUAAUUCUGCUUCACUUUUAUUUUUAGCCUAAUAAAGUAAUGUAUUUACUAAUGCUUUUUUUUUUUUUCUCCCCCAAAGUAACUUAAAUGUUCUACAUCAGUGCAUAUGCUGUGUGUGUAUUCACAGUAUGCAUCGGUAGACACAAGCUAGAGAACCCCAAUCAGUUUGUCAUUCUUCGGAUGCUCUGACCAGGGGUUUUGCACAUGCUAUAGUUACUUUUGCAAUGUUUCUUUUUUUCCCCCCCCCCUGACUGUUGGUUCACCGUUAGUCCUUAGCUCAAGAAGCCAGCCAGUGCCGGGGGCGGGGGAGGGGGCGAUAGUGGUCACCUAGGAGACGCAUGUCCGCCUUCCUGCCUAGGACCCAGGUCUGGAGCCGUUGCAUGCGGUCUUCACAUGCAGCAUAGCGAACUUUUACCGUGUAACUGAACCUUCUGGAAGCAUCAUGCAGAUCCUGCCUUUCUUUUUUCCCCCUCUUUUUUUAAUAAAACCACAGUGUGUAUGUGUAGGAUGUCCUCCAUCCAUACAAUCUGGACAUUUGUUAAUGGGUUUAAUGGUCGUUUAAAUUCAUUGAUUGUCCAGCUCGCUCUGCAAGGUUUUCCAAAUGACUGUUUUAACAUAGACCUGACUGAUCCUCGGGCUUAGAGUUAGGCCUCUCUCUUUUCACGCAGCCACACGUGUAAUUUUUAGUACACAUAUCAGCCCCCCCCCCCCCCAGAAAUCAAUCCUGCCGAAAACAGAUGCAUUAUCUUUUUAAAAGUUUUUAACUGCAUAGAUUUUAAAUAUACAUUAGUACAGAAAUGAGUAUUCAGUCACUAUGUACAGAAACUGGGAGGGUGGGGGGAGGGGGGUUAUCUUGAUCAAAUGUGAAGGAGGUGGGUCAACUCCCCCCCCCCGUUAAGUGGUUUUGACGUUAAUUCAUGCUGACUGUUGAAGCAUAUGGGUAUUUUUGUAAUACCCCCCUCCCCCCAAACCACACAGGGACUUGCCCAGUCAACAGCAGUUGGCUCCGUUUGACAUGUGAUCAACCGGUUUUGUUUUUACAGGUCGUUUAAUUUUAGUCUGGCAGGUUUGCGAUAAAGGCGUUUUAGCAAGAAAAUUGGGGGGGGGGGAUUCCUCCAACCACAGAACAAAUGUUUAAAAGAAAAGGAAAAAAAAAAAACAACACUGUGCUUUAUCUUUUCACUCGUUAGGCAGUUAAAUGUGGUGAUGAUCAACAGGAAAAACCAGACCUGGCAAAUUGAACUGUGGAGCGUUCGGUCAUGUGGAAGAUUUGCUCGGUUUCUCCCUGCUGUGAUGCUUCACAUAAAGUAAUGAGAAACAGCUACUUACAAGCACAAUAAAACUGCAGCGUAUCACUAUGAAAAGACACUUACCAAAGUCACAUCUCUGGCAUUUUAUUCCAAAGCAGGAUGUAAUGUUUCACUUUUCUUACUGAUAUGUAGACACUUCUUUACUUCUUGUAGGCCCUAUGGUUUAUUUUUCUCUCUCCUUGAUCACUGCCGAUUUUAUCUUUUUCUACUUAAUUUGCCGUUAGCACCCUCUGCUGGAACUGUCACAGUAGUGCAGUUUUGUACAGCUCUGUAGCAAAUUGGUGGGUGUGUUCAGAUCUUAGCUAGCUUACCUAUCAAGACACGUACUCAGGCGUAAGGGAGGGGGGGGGGACAGCUUUAAGCUAUGUUUAUAUACUUUAAUCCGAUAGAUGUUGACGUGCUGAACAGGUUCUAACUUUAUAUUAAAAAUGCUUAUCCCUGCAGAUGAGUAUAAUAUGAAUAUGCAAAAUUGGAAGUAAAAAAAAAAAAAAAAGCUAAUGACAUUUAUCACAUGUUGCAAAUGUUUUGCAAUGUCUAUGAACUACAUACAAUAUCUAGGUCAAUUUGUCACUCUUGUUUGCAUCUCAUUCAGUGUGUUUUCCCAUUGGUUUCUGUUACUAUGUAUUCAUGCAUUUAUUGUUCAGGACUAACAUUGUGAGCAUAUUCAAGUCUAUUUUUCCAUGUAAUUGUCUGUAUAUUUACCAAACUGUUUCAUAUUACUGGGAGCAGGCUGCUUGUUAUGGAAAUGUGCUCAACUUGUUUGGCAUUAUAACUGUAUAAUUUAUCAUUUGUACUAUUGUAACAUAUUUUUCUGUACCUUAUUUCUUAAUGUUUUUUUUUGUGUCUGUAGAGAAGUCACAUGAGUAAUGUGAUGUUUUAACAUCACCUAAAUAGCAGCGACAUGCUGAAAUACCUCUAGCUGCGAAGGUAAAAAUAAACUAUCAGUCCGGCUUUU